UAGUCUGUUGCGAACAAAACGGAGCCAGUUAACGCGCCAUCGCUUCAGUUUCAGGUCUCUACUCCUAUCCAUCCAUACUCCGCUCAGAAGGCCCCAAAAUAAUUCUGCGCUACCGUUUUCGCAUCCUCUUGAACCAAACACGCCUCACAGCUUUCUGCUGGAGAGAAAAAAAAAAAGCAGCUUGUGCCACAGAUUCUUUCUUACUGUGAAAGAAGACCAAAUUCUUCAAUCCACGAAAAACCUGCUUCUCCCCUCUUCAUAUUAUCUGCAGUUUCUUCUCAUAUGCCCUAAUCAUGACAACCCUCUGCUCAAAGUGGAAAAUGUGAUCUGGGCUUGUUAAUUUUUGAAUUAAUUUUUGGUUUUCUGGGGAAAAAUGGCUGUCGACAAUGUCUUUGAUGGCAAUAUUGACAUUUCCAGUUCCUCGGUAUCGGAGUUGAUAUCAUCAUUGAAAUCGGCAUUUCGAAGAUCGCAAUUUUCUGACGUUGAGACAGUCUUGGGUCUCCGCCAGCAGAAAUUGAAAUGCGAAAUUAAAGUGAAGGCGAAAGAUGAGCAGCUCGAGAAACAAAAUGGGUUGUUGGAACUGGAAAGACUAGAGAAAAUAAGGAUCGAGAAUGAGCUAGAGAGUUGCUCGAGAGAGUGUAUUGAGUUAAGGGAGUUGAAUUCUCGACUUAGCCAAGAGCUAAAUGAUUUAAAUGAGAGAUUACAAGCUGAUGUAGUACAUAAACAAACUAUAAUUGAGCUUACAAGAAAAAACAUUGAAUUAGAAAGUGCUAAGUUGAAAGCUGAGACAGAGGCAGAAAUUUAUAAGAGGAUAUUUGAUGAACUGUUGAAGAGUGUGGAGCCAUUGGAUUACACAAAUGCUAGGGUUUCUAGGGAGUUUUUGGGAGGGAAGGUUAUUAUUGAAAAUGAGAAAAGUGGUGAAAAACUUAAUACUAUGAAGAUUGGAUUGGACAAGAUUGAAAAUGCGCAUUACAGGGUAGGUGACAGCCCUAAUUGUCUCGUACCGGAGGAUGGAGAUAGAGAUUUGAAAAUAACAGAGGAGAAGAAAAGAACAACAAUUAGGGAAGUUGAGAGUAGAUUAAAUGUUGGGAAGACAAGUGAAAAGCUUGUCCAAAAUGAGGUGCAUGUGAUUGAUUGCGAUGAAAAUGUGCUUUUGGAGACAAAUGCAUGUCUUAAUUGUAACUCAAUAGAGCAUGGGGAUGGUGAUAUGGAUACUGCAGAGAUGGCUAUCACAACACAUGUGGGCCAUGCACAUUCAGGGCAAACAGUUGCUCGGCAUGGGACUGGAGCGCUCAAAAGAAAAAGGGCUUCAAGUGUCAUUGAAGGAGGGAAUGAUAAUAAUCAAGAUGUUGAUGAUAAUUGUACAACUGAUAAACUUAAGAUGACUAAAACUCAAAAGAUUAUCCAUAUGCUUAAUAUUUCUCCUGCCAUGAAUUAUUCAGCAGCAAGCUUGUCUUUUGGAACUAAUAACAGUGCAAGAGAAUUUAUUCCAUCAAAGCCAGCUGUUUUGCUACAAUGUGAAGAGAAAAUGGCGUCAGAUAAUAAAUCUCAAGAUGGGUCUGACAGUUUAAGUUCCUCCAGCUCAGAAGAUGAAUGGGAUUUCUCAGUGGAUUUUUCUACAAUGAAUAAGAAUUGGCAAGGAGGGCAAGCAAAUGGAGCUCAUAAAGGGUGGGAGCUUGACUCAGACAUGGUUACUACAUUUGAGAAAGAUGGCACUUCAGCUUCUCAAAAUCGAGGUUUUGACAAGUUAGCUGUAACCAGCAGGAUUAGGGGAUUUGGUAGUUCCCAAGGGUCUACAUUUGGUAGAGGCCAUUCAGAGCAUGGAAGAGGUUAUGGCCGAGAGAUCGCCUCUGAUUCUGACACUGCACCUUCCACUGAAGUUGAUGCAGGCUCUCAAGGUGAGCCAUGUACUGCUGCAGAGCACUUUGCAUUAUCACCAUCCACAUUAUGCUUCCCUCCAGCAAUAGACAUUAGUUCUUCCCAUGAUGCUGCUGAUGCUACAGCUGUUGCUAUGGGAUCUGUUGCUUCAUCAUCUGCUGCUCCUGCUGGACGGUUAUCCUCUGCUCCUGCUGCAUCUGUAGAUGCAAGGUCCAUUUUUGGAUCAAAUGACAGACCACACAUUACACUCGAUGGUAACAAAUUGCAUCCAUCUGAUGUCUGUGCUAGGAAGAUCACUUCCAUAUUCAGGGAGAAGCUAGACGAGGAUGGCUACUGCUGGAAAAACGUCUCCAAGGAGACAAAGGAUUUCUAUUGGCAAGAAUUUCAGAAAUGCUUCAUGUGGGAUGAGGUUGUGUCGACCCUAGUGAAGACAGCCUGGCAGCGUAAGGCUGCCGAGCGCUAUCGCGCCCUCAUGCAUAAAAUAAGGAAAGGAAAAGAAAGGUCCAUACAUUUAUCAGAUGCUACAUGGAACAAAUGGAAUGAGGCGUGGAGCACCCCUGAGUUCAAGACCCGCUGUGAGCAGUUUUCAGCCAAUCGUCGCAGCGAGACAGGUGGUCCAGGCUCAGGCAUUUCACGCCAUACAGGGGGAUCUAUUUCCCACACACGACAUAAUGAAAGAAUGAGAUCAAAGCUAGGAAGAGAGCCUCUUCCACAUGAGCUCUUCAAGGAGACUCAUACUAGGAAGGGCACCUCUGAGUUCAUUGACGCACGGUCUCAGGCCAUUUAUGAUCGCUAUUUGACACUUAAAGAGGAGAUGUCUCAGCCACAGAAGGAAUUGGACGAGACACAGUUAUACUAUAAGGCCGUGGGAGGGGUGAAAAAGCAAAGAGUGUAUGGAGUGGGCUCCCAAGCUUCUGCAUUCUACCCUCAAUCAUAUCAUGCAUCUAAAGCUGAAUCAUCCUGCAUCUAGAUGGAUCAUUGGAGGACGAGUUUCAGCAGUGACGGUGGAGUAUUGCUAUAUUGGAGGAGAGAGACCAGCAACGACUGCAGGAGCAACAGAUGAUGCAUGUGCAAAUGAAAGAGAUGCAGGAGCGAGUUCACCCAGACCUCUCAAUCUUCAGCUGCUGAUCCAGAUCCUCCCUCUUUUCAUCAUGGUGGCCUAUGCUAUGAUGACAUUUAGAUUAGGUUUAUUUGCUUGUUUGUUCAUUACUGAUGUUUGGUUUAAACUUUUCAUAUUCAUCAUUAUAUUUUAAGAAUAUUAUAUUUUUAUUUUA